CGAUGAUACCAGCAUAUCAGGAGUUUGGUUAGGAAUCCCUGCCGGUCAAGCCAAAAACAACUAAAAAACGGACUAAAAUUCGUGGACGGAACAUACAAGCUUGCAUGUAAAUUGACGUGAAUAAUACUGACGUUACGAAAAUUGUAUUUAAGAAAACAGAAAGAAUCUUUAGCAUAAUACGAUAAAACCAUUUUUAAUCAUUUCAUAUAAUGGAAGUAGAACAGAACGCAAGUACCAGUAGUACCACGAAACACGAAGGGCCUGAAACAAUUGAGCAAAAAAUAAUUGCUCUUGCACGAGAAAAACCUAAAGGUAUUUCGGACAAAGAUUUAGCUGCUUCGAUACCUGAUUUACAACCAGCUCAACGAGCUAAAAUUAUAAAUAAACUUCUAUCUCAAGGGUACUUUGAGCUUUUUAAGCAAGCAAACUCAUUGUAUUAUCGUUUGAAAGAUCCAACAAAACUUGCUAAGUGCACUGACAAUGAAGAAAAAAUAGUAUAUAAAAUUAUUGAAGAAGCAGGAAAUAAGGGAAUAUGGAUUCGAGAUAUAAAAAUUAAAUCUAAUUUGAUGAAUAAACCAUUAGAAAAAAUUUUGAAAAGUCUAGAAACUAAUAAGUAUAUCAAAGUUGUUAAACCUGUAGCAGCCAGUAAGAAAAAAGUGUAUAUGCUGUAUAAUUUAGAACCAGAUGAAUCUGUAACAGGUGGUGCCUGGUAUCAAGAUCAAGAUUUUGAAACAGAAUUUGUUGAUGUAUUGAAUCAACAAUGCUAUCGAUUUUUGGAGCAAAAAAGAGAAAAGACAAAAAAUUAUAACACUGGACCUAUUGCUGCAAGAAAUAUGACGUAUGUUUCAUCUAAGGAUGUGUUGAAAUAUAUUUCGGAUUUAGGAAUAAGUAAGGUGAAAUUAACUGUAACUAAUAUAGAAGUGAUUUUAAAUACGUUAAUUUGUGAUGGUAAAGUUGAACGGACGCUCACAAAUGAUGGAAGUCAUUUAUACAGAGCGGUUCAACCUUUGUUAAACUCAAUGGGAUUGGUUAAAACCCCUUGUGGUUUAUGCCCAGUAAGAAAACAAUGCAGUGAUGAAGGAUCUGUUACACCUAUCAAAUGUCACUAUAUUAAAGAUUGGCUAGAAUAGAGAACUAUAUUUUCAAAAUAUUUAGAGCGUGAAAACAGGAUACAUCCGAUAUAUAAGCAAAUUCAUCAAAUUAUCCAAUUCCUCGCCAGUGAAGAGAGUGUGCUUAAUUGUGUCGCUUUAUUAUUUUGGAAGAGAGGUCUGGAAAUUCGAGGUCGGAACGACUUUAGAUAACGGAGGACAUCCAAAUGAGAAAUUCAAAUGUAUCCAAGAGAAACAUAUCUGAGCAACUUUUGUUUUUUUUGAAGACGAUAAAAUAAUCAAGUGUAAAGUAUCAUGUCAGAUAAAAGUAAUCAGAUGUAAUAUUAUAGAAAUUUGAAUAGGGCUACAUCAAUCUUUUUUCUGUAAUAUUAAGAUCUCUCGCACACU